AAAAAAAAAAGUCUUUGUCGUUUAUAUAACAAAGUACUGAAUAUGUCAACCCACCCAGAAAAUUAUCAACAGAAAUUUAUAUCCACUCCUUAUAAUUUACAAGAUAAUAACUUCUCAUCUAAUUCAUAUUCAGGAAAAGAAAGCCAAGGUGCUUUGAAUGGUGCAUCGCAAUAUUCUCCUGAUUCUCCUGAUAGCUCACUUAGUUAUCAGUUACCUCUUCAAGUUCCUAAUUCUUUUGCCGUACCUCAAUUAUAUCCUGGACAGAGUGCAGAUUGUACAAAUAGUAACGUUUAUUCAAAUCAACAAUAUAAUAACUAUCAAGAUUAUAGUACACAACAAAUGUUACAAUUAUCACAAACUAACUCAUUUUCCAGUGUUAACCAUGUAAUUUCCUCUCACCAAAAUAGCCAUGCAUCAAAUCAAUAUGGAAUUUCCAUGAAAUUAUCUAAAAAAAUGAUUCAAAUUCCUGUACAAGUAAAUUCUCAUCAAAAUCAGGAAAAUAAUGAUCCACAAGUUCACCUUAAUAAUUUUUUCUAUCAACCACCUAACGAUAUUUUAAAUUAUCAUAUUAAAUGUGAAAAACUUUCUUUACAAUU